AGAGAUGAGAGUGCAAGGGAUUCUCCCUGAUUUGGUGGCACUUCUGAGCGUGAUUCGCUCUUGUUCAAAUUUAGCAUCGUUUCAGCAAGCACGCUUAAUUCAUGGACAUGCUAUUCGUUGCUUUUUCAAGAACCACAUUGCGCUUGAAACUUCUAUAGUUGAUUUAUAUGUAAAAUGUGGAAGCUUGCUAUAUGCUAGAAGGGUUUUUGAUGAGAUGCGAGAAAGAAAUAUAAUCUCAUGGAGCACCGUGAUUGCAGGAUAUGGGAUGCACGGUCAUGCAAGAGAAGCUGUUAACCUAUUUAAUCAGAUGAAGGCUCUAACAAAACCAGACCACAUUGCAUUCCUAUCAGUGCUGUCAGCCUGCAGUCAUGGUGGGUUGAUUGCCGAAGGAUGGGACUGCUUUAAUUCCAUGAGUAGGGAUUUUCAUGUAACACCAAGACCGGAACACUAUGCAUGUAUGGUUGAUCUUUUGGGUCGAUCUGGUAGACUGAAAGAAGCGUUUGAGUUCAUUGAAAGAAUGCCAGUAAGGCCAGAUGCUGGUGUUUGGGGAUCACUGCUUGGGGCAUGUAGAAUUUAUUCAAAUAUAGAACUUGCUAAAAUUGCUGCAAGACAAUUAUUUGAGUUGGAUGGGGAGAACCCCGGUCGAUAUGUUCUCAUGUCCAAUAUUUAUGCAUCUUCUGGAAAACAGAAAGAUGCUGAUAAGAUUAGAGAUUUGAUGAAACAAAGAGGGGUGAGGAAAGUAGCUGGUCACACCAGCAUAGAGAUAAAAAACAAGGUCUAUACAUUUGUGGCUGGAGAUAAGUCGCAUACUCAAACUGAUUUAAUCUAUUCAGAGUUGGAGAAAGUGAUAAAUAGGAUUCGACAAGAAGGGUACAAGCCGGAUUUGAACUUUGCAUUGCAUGAUGUGGAGGAAGAGAUGAAGGAGAAAAUGUUGUAUGCGCAUAGUGAGAAGCUUGCGAUAGUUUUUGGACUGUUGAAAUCAGGACCAGAAAGUGUUAUUAGAAUAAAGAAGAAUCUGAGAGUUUGUGGGGAUUGCCAUACAGCUUCCAAGUUGAUCUCUAAGGUUACAGGAAGGGAAAUUGUAAUGAGAGAUGCUCACAGAUUCCACCAUUUCAAGGGUGGUGCAUGUUCUUGUGGGGAUUAUUGGUGAACAGUGAGAGUUGUUUUAAUGGCUAGAAAUGAUCCUAGAAAGAAAGCAAGGGGAAAGUGGAUGGCUUAUGAGAUUAUGGUUUAAGGAUGGAGAGGUUCAAAGAAUCAAAGGUAGGUGCAGUGAGCAAAUUUUGGGGUAUACUUGUUUAUGUGUUUCUUU